AUUGUAGAAAAUAGCGAGCUCCCAAUCAGAGUUCCCAGGUUAGCUCUCUGUUGAGCUCAAAAACCCUCCAAACCCCCCAAAGAACAUAGCUUUUGAGCUCCACACCCUUCACCCACUUCUCUGUGAGACUUUCCCUCUCUCUGAAAUGCCCAAAACCCAUCAAAACCCACUUCUUUGAUUCUGAAACACCCUUAAACCCAAUAAACCCCUUCUAAAACCCUAUGCCAAAAUGCCCAACUCACUACUCAAAGCUCCUCACCUCCUCAAUCCACCAACGCCUCAAGAAUCACACCCUCUUCCCAAUUGACCUCUCAUCUCCUUCACUCCAAUGUCACCUCUCAUCUCUUUCAGUUCCAUCAGACAAUGACGAACCAGAGCCCCCAAUUUCCGACGAAAUCUUCAGGAAAGGUCCGAACUUUGGGUCUUACAAGUCAGGUGAUUCAACUUUUUAUUCACUCAUUGAGAACUAUGCGAGUCUGGGGGAUUUUGGGUCCUUGGAGAAGGUUCUGGAUCGAAUGAAACGCGAAAGGAGAGUUUUUAUUGAGAGGAGUUUCAUUGCUGUGUUUAGAGCUUUUGGGAAAGCACAUUUGCCCAAUAAAGCUGUAGACUUGUUUCAUAGAAUGGUAGAUGAGUUUCAGUGUAGGAGGACUGUUAAGUCGUUUAAUUCGGUUCUUAAUGUUAUUGUACAGGAGGGUCAUUAUGCCCAUGCAUUGGAGUUUUAUGAUCAUGUUGUUGGUGAUAGAAACAUGAAUAUUUUGCCGAAUGUGCUUAGUUAUAAUUUGAUUAUUAAGGCCAUGUGUAGGUUUGGAUUGGUUGAUAAGGCUGUCGAGAAGUUUAGGGAAAUGCCGGUCAGGGAUUGUGCUCCUGAUGUGUUUACGUAUUGUACAUUGAUGGAUGGGUUGUGCAAGGUGAAUCGGAUUGACGAGGCCGUGUUUUUGUUGGAUGAGAUGCAGAUUGAGGGCUGCUCACCGAGUCCUGCGACGUUCAAUGUGUUGAUUGAUGCAGUGUGCAAGAAGGGUGACUUGGGGCGUGCGGCAAAGCUUGUUGAUAAUAUGUUUCUUAAGGGGUGUAUUCCCAAUGAAGUGACUUAUAACACACUUAUACAUGGUUUGUGUCUCCAGGGGAAGUUGGAGAAGGCAGUGAGUCUUUUGGAUAGAAUGGUUUUGAAUAAAUGUGUGCCCAAUGAUGUCACCUACGGGACAAUCAUCAAUGGACUUGUUAAGCAAGGACGAUCUCUUGAUGGAGCUCGAGUGUUGAUAUCUAUGGAAGAAAGAGGGCGUCGUGCAAAUGAGUAUAUUUAUUCAGUUCUUGUUAGUGGAUUGUUCAAGGAGGGAAAAUCUGAAGAGGCAAUGAAAUUGUGGAAGGAGAUGAUGGAAAAGGGAUGUAAACCCAACACCGUGGUGUAUAGUGCUCUUAUAGAUGGUCUUUGUUUGGAUGGAAAACCUGAUGAAGCUAAGGAAGUAUUCUGUGAGAUGGUGCAUAAUGGUUGCAUGCCCAAUUCCUACGCUUACAGUUCCUUAAUGAAGGGUUUCUUCCAGGCAGGUCAGGGUUAUAAAGCAAUUCUUUUGUGGAAAGAAAUGACAGACAAUAAUGUUAUACGUAAUGAGGUCUGUUACAGUGUCAUAAUUCAUGGUUUUUGCAAGGACGGGAAAGUUAAAGAGGCCUUGAUGGUGUGGAAGCAGAUGCUUGCCAGAGGAUAUAAACCAGACGUUGUGGCUUAUAGCUCAAUGAUUCAUGGCCUUUGCAACGAUGGAUUGGUUGAGCAGGGUUUGAAACUUUUUAAUGAAAUGCUUUCUCAGGAACCUGAAUGUCAGCCCGAUGUCAUCACUUAUAACAUACUUUUGAAUGCUCUCUGCAAGCAGCGUAACAUCUCACGUGCCGUUGAUCUUUUAAACAGUAUGUUGGAUCGGGGUUGUGAUCCUGACUUAGUUACUUGUGACAUCUUCCUAACAACUUUGGGAGAAAAGCUCGACCCACCUCAAGAUGGGAGGGAGUUCCUAAAUGGGCUAGUUGUCCGGCUAAUUAAGCGGCAGAGGAUAGUAGGUGCUUCCAGAAUUGUUGAAGUGAUGCUGAAAAAGUUUUUGCCGCCGACAGCCUCUACUUGGACAAGAGUCGUACAAGAGCUUUGCAAGCCUAAGAAGGUUAGAGCAGCCAUUGACAAAUGUUGGAGCAGCCUAUAUUGCUAAUUUAUGAGCGUCUUACAGUGGCACUUUUGCAAAUAUUGAUGAGUGGAAUGUCUGUUACGUGAAAAUGUGCAAACGUUCAAAAGAGGUCCUCCUAUUCAGUCCCCUAAACAGCAUAUGUCAGUUGUUACAGGUUAACCCGGGACAAGUAAACAAUAGGCUUGUUGGGGAAUUGACAUUUCUAUUGGUAGAAUAGUCAAUUUGUAUUCAGGGGUGAUUUCAAGGUUCUGCCUUCUCUCUAGUAUUGCUAUUGAUAACUUUCAGUGGUUCUGGCGAUUCUGGCAUACCUUUCUUAUGGGCCAUAUCAUAGGUUGCAUGAAGGCCAAAGAAAGCAUAGUAUAUAAGCAUCACAACAGUGCAUAUUCCAAAUCUUUCAAAAGCAGAAGAACUCAAAGAUCCCAUGAGAAAAAUAUUUGUGGCAAUUGACAAGGAUGGCAACCAAGGAACCAGUGGAACCCCCCAGACUUUUGGUGACCUCUGUUGAGGUAGAAACACUGACAUUGCCAAAGUUGCAAAGAACCAAAGAGGAACUGUCACAACAUAACCAAUCCAACCAUUGGGAUUCAAUCCCCAGUAAGCUGAAGUCCCUAUUGAGGAAGAAAUAAUGAUCACCAAGUAAACAACUAGCUUCAAGAGAUGUGGUUUUGGGGUGACAUCUGUCACGUAGUAUCUCCUCACUAGAAGUGCAACAGCCAUCAACGUGAAGAUAAAGAGUGUGCUCACCGAUAACAGGCUUGUCAAGACGUCCAAGCUUGAAAAGAAAGCAAUGCAGGAACUUGAAACAACUAUCAAGAGUGUAGCAUUUAUGGGGGUUCCUGUCUUUGGAUGGACAAGAGCAAACCAUGGUGGAAUCAUGUGGGCUCGUGCUAUGUGAGUGAUAUACCGAGCCUGUCCAAGUGUUCCCACCAGAAGAACAGUGGUCAUUCCCUUGAGAGCACCAAGAGCUACCAGGUACUUGGCCCAUGUCAUGCCCACACUUUGAAAUGCGGUAGAGUAAGCUGCAUUUGGGUCUAUGUCUGUGUAUUUCUGCAUCAUAGGCAGUGAAAGUGCCAUUAAACAAUAUACAACAGUUAUGAUUGACAUUGAUCCAAGCAAUCCAAUCGGUAUGUCUCUGGAUGGAUUUUUGGUUUCUUCGGCCAUGGUGGCAAUGUUGUCAAAUCCUCCGUAAGCAAAGUAAACAAUUGCAGCUGCUUGAAAGACCCCUUUAGGCCCAAAAGGCAUAAAAGGUUUCAUAUUUGAGAGUUUAGCUUGGGAAAACCCUGCAAUCAAUACAAACAAUAUUACAACAUUAUUGACUGCGGAUGCUAUCCAAUUCAAGUAAGAGGUUUUCCUUGUGCUGAUCAUUGUAAUUGUAGCAGCUACAGCCAGAACAACAACAGCUAUUGGGUCCAGGAGAUUGUAGCCCCCAGUGAGAUUUGUGUGGAAGCGUAAUGAGUUGGAGGGACGAUUCAAGAGCGAUGUGAAGUAAGAAGUCCAGGCUCUGGCAACUGCUGCACUUCCUACAACACCCUCAAGAAGUAUAUUUCCUGCUGUUAUGAAUGCUACAAAGUCUCCUAACUCAAUCCGGAGGUAAGCAAAAGAUCCACCAGCCGCUGGUAUUUCGACUGAAAAUUCAGUGUAGCAGAAGACAGAGAGCAUUGCCGAGAUACCUGAAGCAACAUAGGACAAGACAAUAGCUGGUCCAGCAUGUCUAUGCGUUUCUUGCCCAGUAAGCACAAAGAUGCCUGCACCAAUUACUGAACCGAAACCAAACCAGAUGAGAUCCCACCAUGUGAGGCAACGUUUCAUGUUAUUCUCACUUUGUUUCGGGAGCUCCCUAGUCUCAUUUUCAUCAUUUGAUCUGCUUAUGAGUCGGUCCUUGAACCUGUGGCGCGUCUGUGACAAGGCAGUUCGAUAUGCGCUCCAAUUUUGAAAGGACUCUUCUGGCAGGAAAUCUUGUUUGCUCCAUCUCCAGUAGGUUCUUGGCUGGACUUCUUCACCAAUUUCUCCCUCGGAACUCAUUAGGUCUAUUUUCCCUUAUAUUCUCUUCACUAAAACUUAAGGCAACUGAAAUAUAAGAAUAUUGGUUACUCUCCUUGCCUCCUUCCCCUUCACUUAUGUAGUGUGAAAUGUUAAAAGAUUGGUUUGGAUUCUAAUCCCCUAAUUUCAGAAUUGUUCAAUUAUUGGUGUUGAGACUA